CUCCACUCCAUCUCUCUCAACCCUCUCUCUCCCUCUGUCUUAUAUUGAAAUUGGUCUGGGUAGAACAUGAUCACAGAACACCGCUUCAGUAUUGCUGCACAUUGUCGGGCAUUUCGCAAAACCCGAUCACUUGAAACAGAAUAAGCAGACAUAAAGGAAAGGAUUUCAGAGUCCCACAUUAUAUUUUUAAAGGUGGACCAACACUUUUAAAAAAAAGACCGUCCGUUUGCGCGUGAUAAGCGUUGCAAAGUAGCUAGGUGUUUAACUAUAACAGUCUAACUACAGUAUCAAGUAGCCAUGCAUAUGCACGUUAUAAUGCGCGCAAGCAUUGGAUUAGUCGGUUUCUGUCUUGUCGCCUUUGUCCAACAGCCAGCUCGCGCUUCAGGAAGCAAAUCCACUCAAGAUGUGGACGAGUGUGCAGAGCAAAUUGACAACUGCAGCAUCGAUGCCAUCUGCCAGAAUACGCUCAAGUCAUACAAAUGUAUCUGCAAGUCAGGCUACAAGGGGGAUGGCAAGCACUGCGAAGAUUUAGACGAGUGUGCGAGUGAGUACAAUGGUGGCUGUGUCCAUGACUGCAUCAACAUCCCGGGGAACUACAGGUGCACAUGCUAUGACGGUUUCCGCCUUGCACACGACGGACACAACUGCCUCGAUGUGGAUGAGUGUUCGGAGGGUAAUGGUGGUUGUCAGCAGAUCUGUGUCAACAUGAUGGGCAGCUACGAGUGCCGCUGCAGAGAAGGAUUCUUCCUGAGCGACAACCAGCACACCUGCAUCCAAAGGCCCAAAGUGCGAUCAGAGGGCACCAAAGAGGGCCCCACCUGCAUGGAUAAGAACCAUGGCUGUGCUCACAUCUGCCGGGAGACACCAAAGGGAGGCAUUGCCUGCGAGUGCAGACCUGGCUUCCAGCUCACCAGGAACAUGAGGGACUGCAAAUUGACCUGUAACUACGGCAACGGGGGUUGCCAGCACAUCUGUGAGGAGACGGACCACGGCCCCAGAUGUGCGUGUCACAUGAAGUUUGCCCUGCACACUGAUGGAAAGACAUGUGUAGGGGAGAGGAGUGUCCAGAACCAGGCAGCCCCACAGCUGUUCCCCAAUGAGACGUGUGCAGUGAACAACGGUGGCUGUGACAGCACGUGUCAUGACGCGGUGACAGGAGUCCGCUGCAGCUGUCCUGUAGGCUUCACUCUCCAGCCAGACCGCAAGACCUGCAAAGACAUUGACGAGUGCCGCCUGAACAACGGGGGAUGUGACCACGUGUGUCGGAACACAGUGGGCAGCUUCGAGUGCAGCUGCAAGAAGGGCUACAAGCUGCUGACCAAUGAGAGGACUUGCCAAGACAUUGAUGAGUGUUCUUUUGACCGGACGUGUGACCAUUCCUGCGUCAACUCCCCCGGCAGCUUCCAGUGCUUCUGUCAUAAAGGCUAUGUUCUCUACGGUCUGGCACAUUGUGGAGAUAUUGAUGAGUGCAGUAUAAACCGCGGUGGCUGUAAAUAUGGCUGUGUCAACACUCUGGGCAGCUACGAGUGUACCUGUCCACCUGGAUACAAGCUUCACUGGAACAAGAAGGACUGCAUUGAGCUGGUGAAAUGUCUGACUGGCCUAGCUCCCAAGACCACUCUGACCUGCAGUAAAACGGGCAAGAAAGAGAGCUGCUCCCUCACCUGUGCCUCCAAGGCUCACUAUCUGGCAGAAUCUGACAGCAGCUAUACAGUGAGCUGUGGCAUCCCCAUCCUUCGAGGCAAAACCCCAGCCAGACUGAACACAAGCAGCAGUCAGAGCUGCAUAGAGACAGGGGCCCCUCCAGUGAAGCAGACUGCCUCUUUCAAGAUCAAAGAUGCCAAGUGCCACCUGCACCCCAAGCUGACGGGCCGGGCCGAGGACAGGGGCCGAGCGCUGGGGCCAGGUGAGGGGCCACAUCCGGCCUACAUGCCAGACCUUGGAGGUGGACAGCCCUGCAAUAAUUGCCUGGUGACGUUUGUCAACCUCAAAUGUGACUCUACCAAGAAGACCAAAGGGCGUCGUGCCCGCAACCCCACCAACAAGGAAGUGACACGCAUCACCCUUGAGUUGGAGGCGGAGGUCAAGCCAGGGGACACCACAGGGAGCUGUAACCUGAGUUGCCUGCGCCAGCGCAUGGAAAAGCAAGUGAAGACGUACAUCAAGGCCCUGAAGAAGUCGAUCAACCAGGACCGUUUCCUGAUCCGCGUGGCUGGGCUGGAGUAUGAGGUGGCCCAGAAGCUGCCCCAGGUCGCCUCAGGCCAUGAGAACUGUGGGCCAGGCCGUGAGAAGGAUAGCGGACACUGUGUCAGAUGUUUGCCGGGAUCAUACUACCACGGGGAACAGGAGCGCUGCGUCCAGUGCCCACCUGGCACCUUCCAGGAGAGGGAGGGGCAGCUGGCCUGUGACCUGUGCCCUGGAAGUGACGGGCAUGGACCUGCCGGGGCACGCAACAUCUCCUCCUGCGCAGGUCAGUGCCCUACUGGGUACUACUCCAGUGAUGGGUUUAAACCAUGCCAGCCAUGCCCGUAUGGCUCCUACCAGCCAGACCUGGGACGGACCCUAUGCUUCCCCUGCGGAGGGGGGCUGAGCACCAAGCGGGAGGGGGCCAGCUCCUUCCACGACUGUGAGGUCAAAGUUCAGUGCUCCCCUGGCCACUACUACAACACUACGGUGCACCGGUGUAUUCGUUGCCCUCUGGGCACCUACCAGACAGAGUUCAGACAGAACUAUUGCAUCACCUGUCCUGGCAACACCACUACAGACUUUGAUGGGGCCACCAGUGUCUCUCAGUGCAAGAACCGAGAAUGCGGAGGAGAGAUGGGCGAGUUCACAGGUUACAUUGAGUCCCCCAACUACCCCGGGAACUACCCAGCUAACGUGGAAUGCAUCUGGAACAUCAACCCGCCCAGCAAGCGCAAGAUCCUCAUCGUGGUGCCUGAGAUCUUCCUGCCCUCAGAGGAUGAGUGUGGAGACGUACUGGUUAUGAGGAAGAACUGGUCGGCCACGUCCAUCACCACCUAUGAGACGUGUCAGACGUAUGAGCGACCCAUCGCCUUCACCGCCCGCUCCCGCAGACUCUGGAUCAACUUCAAGUCCAACGAGGCUAACAGUGCCCGAGGCUUCCAGAUCCCCUAUGUUACUUAUGACGAGGAUUAUGAACAGCUUGUAGAGGACAUUGUCAGGGAUGGACGACUCUAUGCCUCUGAAAACCAUCAAGAAAUCCUAAAGGAUAAAAAGCUGAUUAAAACUCUCUUCGACGUGCUGGCCCACCCAAACAACUACUUCAAGUACACCACUCGGGAGUCCAACGAGAUGCUGCCGCGCUCCUUCAUACGCCUCAUAAGCAGCAAAGUCUCCGGCUUCUUGCGACCAUAUAAGUAGUUGCCACACCAAACCCCGCCCCUAAAGCACCAGACCCCGCCCCCUCGUACAGGCCAAACACCGAACUCUCACAGGACUUUAAACAAGUUGACAAAAUUACUAUUUUUUCUUCUAUUUUUUCAAACUGUAGGCUUUGACGACACACUUCACUAUGCAGUCUCAUAUGUUGAUCUUCUUCAUCUGUUUGGUUUUAAGCCGUUUCAUUUCCUCCAAAACCAUACAGUCUCUGAAGUCAACCAACUUGAGUCAAAGUACAGUACAGGCUGUCUUGCUCAUCUCUUCUUUCUGAAUAUUUAUCACCACUACAAUAUGUUGGUGUCUUUCUUAGUUUUUUUGCUGUUGUCAUUCAUGUUUCUAUUAGCAUAUAUGACCUUGUAUGUCAUUUUCACAGCAAUCCCCAAUGAGAAGGAUGUGUGCGUAUUUCAGAUGACGCAUGUUAAGUCUGUGUUGACAAAAUGGACAACGGUAGUGGCAUUUAUGUCAGACAAGAAGAAGGAUGUUACAAGGGUAAUAUGUUUGUCACAUUUGUUUAGAGCUGGAACGGAGUUAUCGUAAAUGUGCUUUAAUAAAUAGUAUUUCACUUGAGUUCCAGCUUCAGCUCUAUCCAUGCCAGGACGAGUCUGUUUUGAUAAAUGUAUAACCUUUUGUAGAUCUAUAUCCUCCAUGAACACUCCUCAAGGAGAAGGACCUGUCAGUUUCAUGUCAUAGUUACAUUCCACAACAUUCAAAGCCUUACUAUAUUUGAGCUCUUAGAGCAACUUCUUGUUAAGGUAUUACUGUUAAAACAGUUAUUCUAUGUUUUUUUUCUUCUUUCCAGAUUGUAUAACUGUCUGUUCCCUACCUUCAGACAUUUUCUGUUAUUCUAUGUCCAAGUUAACUUAACAAAGCGCAUACAAUGUAGUUUAUAAUUUUUUCCAGAACGUGAUGGACAUUUUGGAAAAUAAAUAGAAAACUAGAUUUGUGAAAGCCACAGGAGAGAGAGAGAGAAAUAUCUCUAUGUCUCUGUGGACCAUGACUGGUGAGGGAGAGACAGAGAGACGUUUUAAUUAAGGGACACGCCUCUGUGAUACAGACAAUGUCUUUGUUGGACACGACUCUGUGAGAGAGAGACAGAGAAAUGUCUUUGUUGGACACGACUCUGUGAGAGAGAGACAGAGAAAUGUCUUUGAGGGACAUACGUUUGCUGCUUCUUUUAAAAAGGUCACUUUAAUUAUUCAAUCUCAAGUUCUCUUUCUGGUGUUUUCUGACCUCGCAUCACACUAAUAGUCCAUUGCUUUAAUACAGGGGUGUCAAACUCAUUUUGCUCCGGGGGCCGCAUUCGGUCUUCAACAAGGUCCGGAGGGCCGCACUGAAUUGUUUAAAUAUUUUUUUUGCUGUCAAAAAUUUCAAAAUAUUGUCCUCUAUCGAUCGUUUUGGGAAUUUUCAAUGCUCCCUGACUGUCUAGUGAUUAUUAGCGAUCUGGACACAGUCAAGAAACUGUAUGAAUAUAGGUCCAUUAUCAUUUCUACACAGUUUCAAUUUGGUUUUAGUCAUUUUAACGUUUAUGUUUUUAUUGUUUUACUCAAACCACCCGCGGGCCGGAUUGGACCUCCUCACAGGCUGUAUGUUUGACACUCCUGCUUUAAUAUAAAAUAAAGUUGAGAGAGAUGCAUCAUAAAUACAAUUCUACCACCUGUCCUCAUGUAAAUUGAUAGUCACAUCACAUUUGUCUCUUCAUCCGUGGACUACCAACCAAUUUUAUUGAAUUUGUCUUUCAAUCUUGUAAAUAAUGAAAAUAAAUUUGAUGAGGAUUGAAUCCUUUUAAUCCUAAUUAACUUGAGCAGGACCCCAAACUAUUUUCCACCCAUGUCCUCUUCACCCUCUCCCUAAUCCAAGGACCCCAGCCAGCCCCCUUCCUUCCCAAACGCCCAUGUCAGAUUCUGUCCCAAUAAGACCAGCUCUUCCAAAGACUGCCUGCACGGCAGGCCAAGUUAUUAUCUUGUGCACUAGAUCUAGAGCCUGUCAUCCUACCUUUGUUGUAUAAGUGCAAUGAAUUAAGUCUCCAUUGUGUUACUCCUCUCUCUGUGUCCAGAGAAAUACUACAAAACAAUGUUUAAAUCUGCCAACACAUAUUGAGAACAUAUUAUUGGAUCUCCUAGGGUUGUGAAUAAAGUUCAGCAUCCCACUACAAUAAUGUUGAAAUACCAAUAUAGUUGAUCAAUACAAUAAUAUUGCAAUUUAAUUAUUGCUAACAAUUGCAUUGUCAAUGUAAAAGCUGAUGACAAUGAUAACAAGUAAUCCUAACACUCUCAAACCCUCGUUGAAGACAAAUAAAUAUAUUACUGCUCCUAAACAUCAUAUGGAUUUCCCUUGCAAACUCUGAUGGUUAGUUGUUUUUCAGGUUUUUUUUUUGUAUAUAAAAGAGAAAUUAAACAGUGUAAACAGUAAAAGCUACUGUACAUGACCUUUAGAUAGUUGUAAGCACAUGUGCUUAUGGAUAAGGGAAAGGGAUUUUGACCACAUUGCUAAAUUGUAAGACAAGGGUGGCCUAGCUUUGCAAACCUCAUACGAGGAACUGUUUAAUACACGUCACACAUAAUGCCAUUAUCUGUAUCCCUUUGAAUGUUUCCAAAAAAAGCCUAGCUACAUUUAUGGUUUUCUUAAGUUGCCAUUAGUAUUUAUAUCAUCCUGUUUGCUUUUUAAUUUCAGCAUUUCGAUGUCAAUAGCAACAGUCCAUAGCGCUCACUGCUCCCACAUACCCCAACACACCAUUCCCUCUCUCCUUCAUCAUCCUCCCUCUGUCCCUGCAACCUGAACACAUCAUAUGUUUCUGUUUUGUAGUUUUUUUUAAAAACAUGCGUUUGCUAUGAUGUAUCAUAGAGUUGAUAAUGGUAUUUGCACUUGAAAAUUGUUAUUGCUCAUGUAAAAAUGUCUGGAUUUUGUAUUGUCUUUUUAAAUGAAUGGAAUUGGUGUUCUUACA